UGCCUCUACUCUCUUCCCUGGAGAAGCAGAGACGCACAGUCACUCUGCUGGAGGAGAAAACUCUGAGAGCCGCACCUGUCCUGGAGGAACAUCUUCACUUCCGAGGACCGAGAGCUGGAUGAAAAAUGAAACUGGAUGAGCUUCCCGCACUGCUGCUGUGUGCCAUCUGUCUCCUUGUCCUGCCGUCGUCCUCUACCUCCCACCAUGACACAGAUGAUUCAAAGCUUCUCCAUGUGACCAUCCCCACGCCCUCGCCAGUGUUGGCCGUACUGGGCGAUUCUCUAACUUUACCCUGCCUGGUGUCACUGGCCCACCCUCCGCCCUCGCCGUCCACCAACGGCCGCCACGCCGUGCUUUCUCUCCCCCGGGUCAAGUGGAGUGUGCUGAAUCAUGGCCAUGAGUCAGAGAUCCUGGUGGCCCGUGGGGACAGGGUGAGAGUCAGCGAGGCCUACAAGGAUCGCGCCUCCCUUCUGAACUACGCCUAUUCCCCUGCUGACCUCACCCUGCACCUGGAGAACCUGAGGAAGAACGACACCGGCUUCUACCGCUGUGAGGUGCAGCAGGGGCUGGAGGAUGCUGACGAAGUGGCUCACGUAAAAGUCAAAGGGGUGGUGUUCCAUUAUCGAGAUGCAUCGAGUCGGUAUGCCUUCACCUUUGAGCUGGCCAGAGAGGCCUGCAGGGAUAUCGGUGCUGAAAUUGCUACUCCAGAGCAGCUCCUAGCAGCGUACCACAGUGGAUAUGAGCAGUGUGAUGCAGGCUGGCUCUCAGACCACUCAGUGAGAUACCCCAUUCAGCAGCCCAGAGAGGGCUGUUUUGGCGACAUGGAUGAAUUUCCUGGAGUGAGGAACUAUGGACACUUAGAGCCUGAUGAGCUUUAUGACGUCUAUUGCUAUGUGCAGAAUAUUGAGGGUGAGGUGUUUCAUGGCUCCGCCCCCCUGCGAUUCACCUUCUGGGAGGCCAAAGCUUACUGUCUGAAACAUGUGGCGGAGUUGGCCACCACUGCUCAGCUGUAUGCAGCCUGGAAUGAUGGACUCAACCACUGCAGUCCCGGGUGGCUGGCAGAUGGAAGUGUGCGGUACCCCAUCGUCACCCCCAGAGAGCGCUGUGGAGGUGGCGAACCAGGGGUCAGAACCGUCUAUCGCUACAGCAACCAGACUGGCUUUCCCGAGGCUCACUCACGUCAUGAUGUCUACUGCUUCAGAAGUGAUCACCAUCCUUACACUGAAUCUCCUCAGGAUUUUCUCACCACUGAUUCACUAGACAUUGUUUUCUUAACUAAUCCAGUUCAUGAUGAGGUAACCCAUGGUGAGGUUAGCCAUGAUGAGGUGACCCAUGGUGAUAUUACACAUGAUGAGGUGACCCAUGAUGCGGUUACCCAUGAUGCAGUGACCCAUGGUGAGGUUACCCAUGAUGAGGUUACCCAUGAUGAGGUGACCCAUGAUGAGGUUACCCAUGAUGCAGUGACCCAUGGUGACAUAACUCAUGGUGAGGUUACCCAUGAUGAGGUUACCCAUGAUGCAGUGACCCAUGGUGACAUACCUCAUGGUGAGGUUACCCAUGAUGAGGUGACCCAUGAUGAGGUUACCCAUGAUGCAGUGACCCAUGGUGACAUAACUCACGGUGAGGUUACCCAUGAUGAGGUGACCCAUGAUGCGGUUACCCAUGAUGCGGAGACCCAUGGUGAGGUUACCCAUGAUGCGGUUACCAUUGAUGAUGUUACCCAUGAUGAUGUUACCCAUGAUGCGGUGACCCAGGGAGAGGUUACCCAUGAUGAGGUUACCCAUGAUGUGGUGACCCAUGGUGAGGUUACCCAUGAUGAGGUAACCCAUGAUGAGGUUACUCAUGAUGAUGUUACCCAUGAUGAUGUUACCCAUGAUGAGGUUACGCAUGGUGAGGUUACCCAUGACGAGGUGAUCCAUGGUGACAUUACCCAUGGUGAGGUUACCCAUGAUGAGGUUACCCAUGAUGAGGUUACCCAUGAUGCGGUGACCCAUGGUGACAUAACCUAUGGUGAGGUUACCCAUGAUGCGGUGACCCAUGGUGACAUAAUCUAUGGUGAGGUUACCCAUGAUGCGGUGACUCAUGGUGAUGUGACCCAUGAUGAGGUGACCCAUGGUGACAUUUCCCGUGAGGAGGUGACCCAUGGUGACAUUACCCGUGAUGAGGUGACCCAUGGUGAGGUGACAGCAAAAGUGGAUGUAGAGGUGCUACAUGCCCAGACAGUCAGACAUGUCCAACAGGUCCAUGUGGAGGCUCAGUCCAUAACACUGACAUAUGACAAAGAGCCAUCGUUCACAGAAGACCUUUAUCACUAUGUCACUUCUCCACCUGAGCAUCAACAGCAUCUUACCACCCAAGAUAUCUGGGAGCCUGUAGAGAAGGCCAGCUAUCCGGAGUCCUAUCAACCAGCACCUGAAGAAAACCCAGACACAAAUCAUGAAGAGUCUCACAUACAUCCAACGUCUUCAAAUGCAGAUCACGAGGUAACCACUGUUGAAGACUCAGCUCUUGGUAAAGUAGAGUCUUCAACAGCAACAGCAGCAACUGCUGCUACUUUAGCAGCUGUUGAUGAGAGAGAGAGCAGAGAGCCAACAGAUUCUGAGACUAACCUAGAGACUCAAACCCUGGAUGUGCCAGGUGUUAAUGCAACAUCUGGAACAGACUUGGACGAGUUGCUCAGCAGUUCUUCACAGGUGCAUCAAGAAAGUGAGCUUCCCGUUUCCCAAGAGGACCACACUCCAGGCAUCCACUUAGAACAAGAUUUUGACACUAAGCUGAUAUUCUCAACCCCCUCUUACGAUAUUUCUGGGCAACCAGAAGAGGCCAGUGCAAGUAAUGAGGAAGUUUCAGUUGUGAUAACUUCAAACAGUGUUAACUCCACUACACCACAUGUGAACCACCCAGCAGAAGUGGAGCAUGAAGGGGAGAAUGGAAGUCCUCCAGUCGAUGAGACACAAGCCCCAGUAACUCAGAGUGUGAUUGGCUUUGGCACCUCUUCCUGUGUUGAAGUGGACUCUGUGACUGAUUCAACUUAUCAUAAUCCUCAACCCUUCCCAGUCGACUAUGAUGAUGAGGAAUUCAAGAGCGUGUCAGAUCCAGUCGAGCAGAGUGGACACAUCCAUGCCACUGAAAUCCCAACCUCAGAGGUCCUCACAGUCACAGAGCACUCUGACUUCACUGUGGACGCUCCCAUCCUGAACAAUGAUCCUGCCACUGUGUUGACAUCUGUCAGCCCGUCUCCUCCUACUGGGGUUGAAUCCAGCCCCGCAGAGAUGAUCACUUUCAUACCAGAGAGCAAGGCUUCCUCUGGGGCCGAACCUCUGGAAGACAUCAAGGAAAAUAUUGAACAGCAGACAGUUGGUGAAAGCCAACAAGCAUUUCUCAGCACGAGGGAAAACAUCACAGACGGUGACUCGGAGGAGAAGGAUCAGGACGAUGGAGUAGGAUCAGGAGAAUCAUCGGGAGAAACGCCGGAGAUGAAACCAGAAAUUCCUUUGACCAACCCGACUGUUUGUCGUUGUGGUGAGGCCGACAACGGUGAAGAUCCUCAUUCAGAUGUAGAAAUCACUCUGAUCCCUCAUCCGACCCUCACACCAGGAUGGGAACCAGAACCUUCCUCCUCCUCAUCCACUCUGCAGGAGUCUCUCUCUGAUCGAGAAUACAGCGCUGAGAGUUCCACUGCAGGGGAAAUGUACGAUAUCUCCAAAGAGCAAGAGGUGAUCACCGCCAGCAGCAUCUAUGAACACGAAUUAGCAGCAGGUGUUGGAGAAUCCGCCACAUACGAGCCCUCGGAUAGAAUGAGCACGUGGCACCAAGGUUUGGAGAACAGCGACGCAACUCUCACCACAGACGGUCAUGAUGAGACUGCUACUGAUCAUGGCUUCUCCUCCGAGGACGAUGAUGAUGAUGAUGAUGACGAGGAGGACAACGUCAAUGAAGAGGAGGAGGAUGAGGGAGAAGACUCCCUGCCUGCUGUGAUACCAGGAGCCAUUUCAGUUUCCUGCCUGGAGAACUCCUGUCUAAAUGGAGGCACUUGUGUUGAGGGUGAAUCACCGCGGUGCUUUUGUCUCCCUGGUUACGGAGGAGACUUGUGCCAGACAGAUGUGGAGGAGUGUGAGCCAGGCUGGGAGAAGUUUCAGGGCUUCUGUUACCAACACUUUACCAAGAGGCAGAGCUGGGAGGCGGCGGAGCAGCACUGCCGUAUGUGUGGUGGACACCUCAUUUCUAUCAUGACCCCUGAGGAGCAGGACUACAUCAAUGACAAAUAUAAAGAAUAUCAGUGGGUUGGACUGAAUGACCGAACCAUAGAGGGAGACUUCCGCUGGUCAGACGGGAACCCACUGCUCUAUGAGAACUGGCUCAGAGGUCAGCCUGACAGCUACUUCCUCUCUGGCGAGGACUGUGCAGUGAUCGUGUGGCACGACGGCGGCCAGUGGAGCGACGUGCCCUGCAACUACCACCUGUCCUACACCUGCAAGAAGGGCGUCUCCUCUUGUGGCGAGCCCCCUCAGAUUCCCCACGCUAAAGUCUUUGGGAAAGAGCACUCGCGUUACGAGACCAAUGCCAAGGUGCGGUACUACUGUGAGGAGGGUUUCGUGCAGAGACUGAAUCCUGUCAUCAAGUGCCUGCCUAGCGGUCAGUGGGAGGAGCCUGUAAUGACCUGUGUGCCAUCUCAUACAGUGGAAGGAGACGCCGUCACCUCACUGCCUCACCAGCAUGAGAAGGUCACGGAGGUCAUGAGUGCGGCCGCAGAGAAAGCGACGCCCAUGCACAUGGACGUUACCCAGAAUGUGUAAAGUCUCCUGCUGUCCAAAUCUCUUUUUCUUCACACAUUUCCUCUUGAGACUCUCUGGAAAAUGUGGAUUAGUGCUUUGAAUUCCAAUGUGUUUUACAGAAGAGGAGAAAGUUAAGCACGACUGAAGAGUUUGGGAAGAGUCAGGUGGAUUUGUUCCCCAAUAGAAUACUGACCUAGAUGUACUGUUACGUCCUCAUGAAGCUGUCAGGGUCAAGGUUAGAGGCUGCAGAAGAAAUGCUUGUGUUAAAAAAUUAACAGUUCAUUCUAUGGUGUAUACCAGAUUAGGUUUUUUAUAUAUGUAUUAUAUAUUUGUAGUGUUGAAAAAAAGUCUCUCUUGGCUCAUCAGUGCUCGUGUUUGAUUAUGACAAGAUCUGGGACAAUAGACAUUGAAGUGUUAUCUCUUAAUGCUGAUGGAGGAUAAAAUACUUGAUAAAUAUUUAAUUGGAGAAGCUUUUCAACUUCAUUUUCCAUAUGUAUUUGUUUUGAAAAGGGUAAAAUCUUCACUCCCAUAUUAGGAGAAGACUGAUUCUUGCCUUUACUGGCAAACAGCUGUUAGCUGCCACACUGGUUUUCAAAAUCACAAUGGAUCAUUUCCACCCGUUUAGAUGGGAACGUUUGUGUUUGAACUUGUCUUCAUUGUGGUUCUGUGUCAGUGUCCUCCUGAGGUAGUUUUUGGCGGAUCAGGAAGAUCCCAACUUGUUUCAUGAAGGUAAAUUUACACCUGAAUCAAGAUUGGAUUGUCCUCUGAUCACCAAAAACAACAGCUUAUGGGACUUUGUACUGGGGUUUGCACUUAUUAUGAACUGUAUUGUAUUUGUAAUUUGACAGAACUCUUACGUUUGUCGAUGAAUCGUAGUCACAUCUGCAACAAGUAGGGGAAAAACUACUUUUAUGUUUGUGUAGUAAGACAUAAUAACGUAGAAUCUAAUGAAAUGUGAGAAAGAAGUAUCAGCACACUGAUGUGAAUGUCUUUAUUUAGAUUAAAUAACAUCAAAUAAAUUUACAUUUAUUUACAAACUGG